AAGCAUCGCAAUUCGAUAAUGUCACUAAUUAAGAAGAAUUCACCAAUUUUUAACCCAUCCAAACCUGGGUAUUUAUGGAUGGGAGAAGGCACCUUGGCAAUCUCUUUACAGCUUUACGCCGAAAAUAGAAGACGAUUAGUUGAGAAAUUACAAGAAAAAAAUUUGGGAAAUGCCAUAGUUGUUUUGCAAGGUGGUGAUGAGAUCCAAAUGUAUGACACCAAUGGGUAUUAUCUUUUUAGACAGGAGUCAUAUUUUACAUGGGCUUUCGGUGUCGUCGAACCAGCUUUCUUUGGCACCAUCGAAGUUCAAACUGGAAAAUCAACUCUUUUCAUUCCAAGAUUACCCGAAAGUUACGAAGCUUGGUAUGGCCCAAUUUGGACGCCCGAAGAUUUUAUGCAAAAAUACCAAGUUGAUCAAGUUUAUUAUACAGACGAGAUUGCUACAAUUUUAGCUCAACACUCUCCAAGUCAACUUUUAAUUUUACGCGGAUUCAAUCAAAACAGUGGUUCUCCGACUCUUGAAGCAACUUUCGAUGGGAUUGAGAAUUUUAUUGUUAACGGAACCGAUUUAUUCGAUGACAUCACGUAUUUGAGAGUCAUUAAAACCGAUUUGGAAAUUGAAGUUAUGAGAUAUGCCAUUGAAACAAGUUGCGAAGGGCAUUUAGAAACGAUGAAGAUGGCACUUCCUGGAACGAGUGAAUACCAAUCAGAAUCAGAAUUUCUUCAUUAUUGUUACAGUAAAAGAGGAUGUCGUCAUACAGGGUAUAUUAGCAUUUGUGGUUCUGGCCCAAACGGUGCUAUUCUUCAUUAUGGGCACGCUGGAGCUCCGAAUGAUCGUUGGAUUGAGGAUGGGGAUAUAUGUGUUUAUGAUAUGGGAGCUGCUUAUUUUGGUUAUACAGCUGAUAUAACAACAUCAUUCCCAGCUAAUGGAAAAUUUACGGAUGAUCAAAAAUUGAUUUAUCAAGCUGUUUUAAACGCAAAUCGCGCUGCUAUUAAAGAAACGAAACCCGGAGUGAGAUUUUCCGUUUUAUCCGCUGCUUCGAAUCGAGCUUUAAUGGAAGGAUUAAAAUCUGCGGGAAUCGUAACUGGGGAUAUUGACGAAAUGUUAGCAGCUAAUUUACCUUAUUAUUUCCAACCACACGGUUUGGGUCAUCUUUUGGGUUUGGACGUCCACGAUGUCGGUGGAUAUUUCUCAUCCUUCAAAAAUCCCAACGAAGCACCACGUUUUAAUAGACCACUCGAGAAAGGAAUCGUAUUUACCAUCGAACCAGGAUGUUACUUCAUCGAUUUCUUAUUAAAUGAGGCUCUUGGCAUUCCAAAUUUAUCAAGAUUUUUAGUACCGAGCGUUUUGAAUAGAUUCCGAGGAUCCGGUGGUGUUAGAAUUGAGGAUGAUGUGGUUGUAACUGACGAUGGAUGUGAAAAUUUAAGUGCCAUGUUACCCAGGACUAUCGAUGAAAUUGAAGCUUGGUUCGCCGCAAAUCGAUCCCGCAAAAAUUAAUUUAAAAG